CGAGAUUUUUUACUUUGCACCUAUGAGUUAGCGGUGGCAUUUAUUUUAAAGUAUCGAAGGUAUACUAGCACUACUACUAUCAACACACUUUCAGACUUUUAAAAUCAAUGCAACGUUCAGUCAGACCAAAAUCCGCUAAAGGGAAAGCACGCCCUACACCUCCGUCGCGUCCAAGACAACAUCAGACUCAGGAACCAACAUCGUCUUCCACAAGCGAACAAAACCACUCCUAUGGUCGCAGAGGCUAUUCACUGAGACGAAGUGGGCCCCCCAACAGCAGUUACAGGAAUGCAUCCUCAAGACCAAGCAAGUCAUCACAGAAACCUGAAGAAGAUACAAACUCUGAAGGCCCGGAUCCAUCUCAGUUUCCUGAAGUCUCAAGGCCUGUAUCAUCGCUAUCAAAAUACAGUAUUCUCCCAAUGAUUCCAAAGACGCCAGACCAUAGUGAUUUCAGAGUUACAAGCCCAACAGAGAGUGUUGUAGAAUUGGAUUUAUUGUCUUCCUUUGCCCAGCAGAUGAUUCUUGACAGCGCUACUGCGAACUUGAAUAAAAGUGAUUCGAGCGUGUCAGAUUUCAAACAAGAAACAAAUAGCAGUCACUCUGCAUCCAAAAUGAAACGCACAGCAGCUAGCAAUGGCACAGGAAAACAGAACAAUAUUAAUAACCAAGACAGCCCCCAACACAAGAAGUUUAGAAGUCCUUGA